AUGGUUGUGCACGCGCACCGGUUUGUGGAGCAGCAGCGGCCCCGCCCCGCCCUGCUGUCGAACCCAAGUCCCGCCCAGGCGCCGCCGCCACAGCCGCUCACUCCAGCGAUGCCGCGGCGGGCGACGGAGCGCCUUGCCUACCGCCCCGGCUCGCGGGGCGCCCGCCUCAGCCUCUUCCACGUGAAACUGACCGACUCGGCCCUCCAGGCCUUGGUCGCCUACCAGCGGUGUCAGGUGGCGGCGCCUCGUCCCGUGAUCGCCUUCCAGGGCAGCCAAGGGUAUCUGAAGGUGCCCUGCGGCGCCACUGCUGGCCGUCGUGAUGCACGGACUUUCCGCUUCACCUUCUACCUCUCACGCUAUACGAAGGAGCAGCCGCAGGCCAGCUUCGAUUGCGUCCGCCAGGCCAGUACCAGGUGGCUGGAGGGCAGAGGAGCUAUCCAGGAGAAGAUCACCAUCUGUGCCAUGGUUGUGGAGGCCUCCCAGUCCCGAUGGGGGGUGGAGAGGCCGACCUGCCAUAGGGCAGCAGCUGUGUUCCCAAACCCAGAGACUGGCACCCUCCUCCCAAGGAAAGCAGCCUCAGAGAGCCCCAGUGGGAAAGGCAAAGGAAGCAGUCCCCCAGCCAAUGAGCCCCCAUGGCCACCAGUGCAGGUGCUGGAAGGAAGAGACAAGAGGGCUAAGAGGCUGUUGGAGAGGCCACAGCUGCAGGCUGAGAUGGGGCAGCUGAGCUCCGCAGAAAGAAGUUACAGCUUGAAAGAAGACCGCCUGCAACCCAGAAAGGAGGCCUGGACAGGUGUUCUGCAGCAGCACCAGGAAGCAUCUGAGCACUUGCACAGGUAG